UUGCUGUUACUUCCCUUUGACCUUCAUUACCAAUUCUCAGUAAAUUGAGCGUUUCGACUCCGAACCUUUUAGUGCUGUAUUGCUAAUUUGCUAACACACACACAGCGGCGAAGAUGGGGUGGAUCGGAGAGCAGAUUGAUUCUAUCAAAUCCUUGAAUUUCAGACAAGUUCUCACUCAAGCCGUCAGCCUAGGUAUGAUCGUCACAUCAGCACUCAUUAUAUGGAAAGGGUUAAUGUGUGUUACUGGCAGUGAAUCGCCGGUAGUUGUUGUGCUUUCUGGAAGUAUGGAGCCUGGUUUUAAAAGGGGGGACAUAUUGUUCUUGCAUAUGAGCAAGGAUCCUAUUCGUGCUGGAGAAAUUGUUGUCUUUAAUGUUGAUGGGCGUGAAAUUCCUAUAGUCCACCGAGUUAUUAAGGUUCAUGAACGUGAAGAUACUGGGGAAGUUGACGUCCUUACGAAAGGAGAUAACAAUUUCGGAGACGACAGACUUCUCUAUGCUCAGGGUCAGCUCUGGUUGCAGAGGCACCAUAUUAUGGGAAGAGCUGUUGGAUUCUUGCCAUAUGUAGGCUGGGUUACGAUUAUCAUGACUGAGAAACCGAUCAUCAAGUAUAUAUUGAUAGGCGCCUUGGGGUUGCUGGUCAUUACUUCAAAAGAAUAGAGGGGCGAGGUCGGUGCCAACUUUGACAUUGGAGAGAUUACAGGAAGGGAUAGGAAUAUCGAAGAGAAAUAUCAACAACAUAGACUGAUCUGUAUCUCUUGACUGUGUAAGUUCAGCUCCAAAGGGAAUUAAAAUUCUUAUUAGCUUGAUUUUGAGGUGUUUCCUUGAGCAUUAUGGUUUCUUGUUUAUGCUGAGCUUUCAACUUGCACGUA